UGACUUAUUAAGCAUAUUACAAGUGUAUAUAAAGCUUCCCCUUUGCUCUAUACUUCUAUUUGGCCAUUCAUUUCACCAUCCCAUUCAGGAAAAUGAAAGAGACAAUAGUAGGGUCAAAAUAAAUGAAUGGAAUUGAUGGUCGUUAAAAUGUUGCGCGCGCCCCAACACAUGAAGCGUAUAACGACCAAUAUUCGAACACUCUGGAGGGUGGUUCUUAUUCACCGCGAAAACCGCCUCCCAUUCAUCUCUGUAUAGAACUCCCUGAGAAAAAAGGUUCCGAAAUUCCUUUCUACAUCCGUACUUCUCAUCAAAGAUGUCGUUCUCCGAUUCAGAGACAUCUUCUCACAGCUGCGCCGAGUACAAGAACUUCCGGCAGGUCACCCGUGAAAGGCUGUUGUAUGAAAUGCUCCGCUCCUCCAAAACGGAUGAUCCCAGAUCCGCUUGGAGGGUACUCAUCAUGGACAAAGUCACAUUGAAAGUAAUGUCUUGCUCAUGUAAAAUGGCAGAUAUCACAGACGAAGGAAUUUCAUUGGUGGAAGAUCUUUUCAGAAGAAGAGAACCUUUACCCAGUAUGGAUGUCAUUUAUUUCAUUCAACCAACUAAGGAGAAUGUAAUAAUGUUCCUAUCUGAUAUGUCUGGAAGAGAACCUUUAUACAGAAAAGCUUACGUGUAUUUCAGUUCGCCCAUACCAAAGGAACUGAUUUCUCGUAUCAAGAAUGAUACAAGUGUAUUACCACGUAUAGGCGCACUAAGAGAGAUGAAUUUGGAGUACUUCCCGAUGGACAGUCAGGGUUUUCUCACUGACCAGGAUAGAGCAUUGGAGGAACUCUUUGGUGAAAAUGCUGAAAAUUCCCGUAGUUUUAAUACAUGCUUGAGCACAAUGGCCUCUAGAAUUGCCACAGUUUUUGCUUCUUUAAAGGAAUUUCCUGUUGUGCACUACCGAGCUCCCAAGGGAGAUGCAUCUACGAGGCGAAACCACGAAUUAAUUCCCACAAAGCUUGCUGGUGCUAUUUGGGACUGCAUUUCUACAUACAAAACCACUAUCCCUAAUUAUCCCCAAAAAGAGACGUGUGAUUUACUGAUUGUAGACAGAUCAAUUGAUCAGAUUGCUCCUGUCAUCCAUGAGUGGACCUACGAUGCUAUGUGCCAUGACCUUCUUGAAAUGAAUGGUAACAAAUAUGUACAUGAGAUCCCUAGCAAGUCGGGUGGUGAGCCUGAGACAAAAGAAGUUCUUUUGGAAGAUCAUGAUCCUGUCUGGCUUGAACUUCGGCAUGCACAUAUAGCAGAAGCUAGUGAAAAGUUACACGAUAAGAUGACCAACUUUGUGUCAAAGAACAAAGCAGCACAACUACAACAAAGAGAUGGUAGUGAACUAUCGACUCGGGAUAUACAGAAAAUGGUUCAAGCUUUGCCUCAAUACAAUGAACAAAUGGAGAAACUGUCUCUCCAUGUCGCGAUAGCUGGUAAGAUAAACACAAUUACAAGAGAGCAAUCGCUUCGUGAUCUUGGACAGUUGGAACAGGAUCUUGUCUUCGGUGAUGCUGGAUCAAAGGAAAUUAUCAAUUUUCUUAGGACGAAGCAGGAUGCAACAGCUGAAAACAAGUUGCGGUUGAUGAUGAUUUAUGCUUCAGUUUAUCCAGAAAAAUUUGAGGGUGAUAAGGCAGCAAAGCUCAUGCAGUUGGCAAAACUAUCAGCUGAAGAUAUGAAGGCAGUGAAAAACAUGAGAAUGCUGGAGGCUUCCGAUAAUAGAAAGACCUCAAAUGGAGGUUUCUCCCUAAAGUUUGAUUCACAAAAGAGGAAGAAUGCAGCUCGGAAAGACCGAGCUGGAGAGGAAGAAACAUGGCAGCUUUUUCGAUUUUUCCCUGUGGCAGAGGAGCUGAUUGAGCAGUUGUAUAAAGGUGAACUGCCAAAGGAUGAGUACCAAUGCAUGAACAAUGCUGGUCAAGGGGUGGUUAAUGUAGAUACAAAGGCUGCAUCAUCAAGGACAAAGACAAAGCCAUCUGAACCUACUACUACUACAGGUCCGCGGUCAAUGAGAUCGAGGAGGACUCCAAACUGGGCUCGCUCUCGUACUUCUGAUGAUGGUUAUUCCAGUGACUCCUCUGUGAGAAGUGGAUCUGUGGAUUCUAAGAGGAUGGGACAACGCAUUUUUGUAUUUGUAAUUGGCGGUGCAACCCGCUCUGAGCUUAGAGCUUGUCACAAACUAACAGCCAAAUUUGGGCGGGAGGUCGUCCUUGGCUCAACUAGUCUAGAUGAUCCACCUCAAUAUAUCACGAAACUGAAAUUGCUCUCAGAAGCAGAACUCUCCAUUGAUAACAUCAGAAUCUAGAAUGGUUUGAACUCAUGAAGUAAAUUUUGUCUGCAAAAAAAGCAGGCUUGUUUGACCUAUUCAUUUUUUGUAUGCACUAGAAAAGUUGCAAAGUAAAUUUCUUCUGUGUGAUAUUGAGAGUUUGUAUAUUUGUAUAUGUAGUCAUGUACAGAUUAGAACCAGGCAUUGACAGAGUGUGCCUCAACCAUUUCCCUUCAUUAUCAAAGUCUAAUUUGCUUUAUUAGUUGAGAUUAAUUAUUAUUUGGGAAAAUUGAGUUUGCACUUGUUCUCA